AUGUUUCCUGUCAAACUGUCGAUUUUGUUGGUCGCUGUAUGCUGUGGCGGUGUUCUCCUCCGUCUCCUAUACACAGCAUGGUAUAAUGUCUUCGCCCAUCCACUACGCUCUGUUCCGGGGCCAGUGUUGGCAAAACUUUUCCCUCAGUAUAUGAGUCUAGCCAUGAUUCAAGGUCGUCGCGCAUUCACCUACGGGCCUAUCGUCAGAGUCGGGCCAAAUGAAGUCUCUUUCUCAGACUUUCGAAUUUACAGACAAAUAUACAAUCAAGAUGCCAGUAUUAAAGAGGAAUCAUUCUACAAAGCUGCAUCAUUGCUGGGGCACGACAACAUUUCAAAUAUCAGGGACAAGUCGAUGCAUUCCGCAAGGCGCAAGUUAAUGAGCCGCCCGUUCUCCCAAAGGUCUAUCAAUGAAAACGAAACACUUAUCACAGAAUUGGUUGAAAGACUGAUAACUAGAAUAUUGGCGACCGCUAGGGAGUCACCUGCAGGGACGACCGAUGUUCUCCUGGCCGCCAAGCUUUUCAGCUUUGAAGUGCUGUGCAGGGCGGCAUUCAACAAGGAUAUCUCGUCGCCUUCGCCAGAAGCCGCAAUAAAGUUCUUGCACGCAAUGGAGGAUAGUCCCGCAAUGCUGAUCACAUCUUCGGUCUUCCCUUUCCUGAGAAGCUGGGGACUGGGUGCAUACCUUCCUGGCUCAAUAGGCCACGCCUUCCGACAGUACAAGUUCUUCGAGCAGUAUACUCGGCAACUUUAUCGCGAAUUUGAGUCAGAGUCGAAAGGAGAUAGCACAGAAAGAUUCAUUGGGACGCCUCUGUUAAAGAAUGAGGACUCAUACCUAGGCCGCACGCUAAAUGAAGAUGAGGCUGUGGAAGAAUCAAUGAGCCUGGCGUUUGCUGGGAGCGGAACCACUUCUGUCACAAUCAUCUAUCUUCUCUAUGAACUCUCGCGACCUCAGAAUCGUCGUGUCCAACUAAGUCUCCGAGAGGAACUCAAGGGGGCCGGUACUACGCUGGCAGAUGUCAAGGAUCUACCCUAUCUUGAUGCCGUCAUCAAAGAGACAAUGCGCUUGCAUCCGACAAUCAUCUCCACGCUUCCUCGGACCCUCACGUCUCCAUUACUCGCAUAUGAAACGGUAAUACCAGUAGGGACUACUGUCGGAAUGCAGAACUAUGUUCAUCAUAGAGAUCCUUCUGUUUAUAUCGACCCUGAUGUUUAUCGCCCCGAGCGCUGGAUUGGUCAGAGCCAAGGUAAUGAUGUGGACAAAGCGUUCACCCCAUACAGCUUAGGGCCUCGCAAUUGUAUAGGCCAAAACUUGGCCAACGCUGAGCUAUUGCUUAUCACCAGUGAAGUUGUCAGACGGUUGGAUCUACGCCUUAAUGCCGGUAUGAUAGAAUACGAUAUGGAGCCGGAAGACAACUUUGCUGCCUCUCUGAAAGGAAAGGAACUGCUUCUUGAUGUUUAUGCAUUACCAUAG